AUGGCGGACCUCGAAAAGACGGCGUCGGCCCCGGCGCUCGCAGUCGAAAACAACGCAAAAAUCGGCAGCGUCGCGACCAACCCGCCCAAGGGCAGCCAUUCGGGCCUCAAGCACGCAGACACGAACAAUGCCGACGCGGCCCUCCUCUUCUCCCAGGCACACGCCGCCGACGCGGUCGCGUUGACACCGGAACAGGAACGACGGCUGCUGCGCAAGAUUGACUGGAACCUGAUGCCGCUGCUGUGUAUAGUCUACGGCCUCAACUUCCUGGACAAGACAACCGUGUCGUACGCUUCGGUGAUGGGGUUCAAGGCGCACAGGGGAUACCCCCCCCUCCUGCCCCCCCCCUCCUCUCCCCCCGACUUACCCCCAGUACUAACAAACCAGGACGACGUCCAUCUCAUCAACCAGGAUUACUCCUGGGUGGCCAGCAUGUUCUACUUUGGCUACCUCGUCUGGGAGUGGCCAACAAACUACCUCCUGCAGCGGCUGCCGCUGGCCAAAUGGUCGGCGGCCAACGUCAUCGCGUGGGGCAUCGUGUUGUGCUGCAUGGCCGCCGUCAACAGCUUUGCGAGUGCCAUGGCCGUGCGGUUCCUUUUGGGCGUGUUUGAGGCCGCUGUCAGCCCCGGGUUUGCCCUCUUCACGUCGCAGUGGUACACAGUGAACGAGCAGGGCUCCCGCGUCGGCAUCUGGUUCGCCUUCAACGGCAUCGGGCAGAUUGUCGGCGGCUUCGUCGCGUACGGCAUUGCCGUCGGCACGAAAAGCCACCCUCUGGCGGGCGGCAACCUGCACUCGUGGCAACUGCUGUUCUUGGUCAUUGGCCUUUUCACGGCCGCGGUCGGCGUUGUCUUUCUGUGGAUCAUGCCCGACAACCAAAUGAAUGCGCGGUUCCUGACCGAGGAGGAGCGCAUGCAGGCGAUUGAGCGCAUCCGGGUCAACCAACAGGGCAUUGGCAACAAAAACUUCAAGAUGUACCAGCUCAAGGAGGCGCUGACGGACCCGGUGGUGUGGGCGCUCGUGUUUUAUGGUCUUGUGGCCGACAUCCCAAACGGCGGCAUCACCAACUUUUUUUCGCAGCUCAUUGUGUCGUUUGGCUUUACAAACGAGCAGUCCCUGCUGCUGGGCGCCCCCGCCGGCCUGAUCGAGGCGGCUGCACUGGCUGGCUGUGGCAUUCUGGGCGACCGCCUUCACAACCGGCUGCUGGUCAGCAUUGCGGGUGUGGCGGCGUCGUUUAUCGGCAUGCUGCUGGUGGCCGUGCUCAACAACUCGCCGGGGCAGCGCAUCGGCCGCCUGAUAGGAUGCCUUUUGAUGCAGAUGAGCCCGACGUCGUUUGUGGCGCUGCUGUCCCUGAUUGCGACCAACAUUGCGGGCUGGACAAAGAAGACGACGGUGGCGGCCAUGUACCUGAUUGCGUACUGCGUGGGCAACAUCAUCGGUCCGCAGGUGUUCCGGGCCAAGGACGCGCCCGACUAUCGGCCGGCUGAGAUUACAAUCCUGGUGUGCUACGCGCUGUGUAUUGUGGACGUCUUGUUUAUCUACUUUUGGUGGCGGCGGCAGAACGCGCUCAAGGUGCAGGCGCGAGCCGCGCCGGGUUACCGCAAGGUGAUGGGGCAGGAGUUUUACGACCUGACCGACCGUGAGAACCCAGAGUUCAACUAUGCUCUGUAG